AUGGGAUAUGAUCGAAGGAACCGAUUCGGAGUGUGCGAUCCCGAAAUUUGGAAUCUUAUUCGACGAGCACUGACUCAGCAGAAGCGCCUGUCUUCCAUUGUAUCGCCCGGCAAGAAAGUCGGAAGUACAAGGAAGAAGAGACCCCCUUCUAUACCCUCACGUACAAGCAGCCAACGCAGGACUCUUGAUCAUUUCGCUAAAGAGCUGGAGAAAUACGCGAAAGUGACUGGCGCUGCAGGAAAGCUCCCCAUCUUCACCCCGACGGAGUCAGAUGAACAAUACUCCUUGCAGACAGUAAGGCCAUUGCUACCAUUCCAAGACGAAUUCGAAAUUGCAGGGCUAGCUGUAACAUCCGAGCAACAAAGAAAAAUGUCACCCGUUGGAAUAGAUGGGAGGUUGGCACCCCGUAAGUUGUCGCUGCAGCAUCAUUGCGGGCAAGCACCUCACCAGAGGGAUCUAGAUGGUCAAUAUGAUGAGCCGAAAGUAAACACAGAUUCGAGCUCUGGUUCUGUGGUUGUGUUCACGCCUCCGGGUGAAAGUCCUAUCACCUGGGCUAAGCCUCUGCCGGUGCCCCCAAAGGGGUCCGGUGUGCAAGUUCGAAGAAAACUCCCUUGGCUCAGAAGAGGGAAACCGGCGGAAGUCAAGGUCAUCCAACCACGGCAGCGAGUGGGAACUAUGAUCGAAGUCUCCAGAGGCGAGUGGAAGCUCGCAGAUGACAGGAAGGAAUCUACGACCCAGCCUGAUUUUAGGGCGCGACAACCGAGGCUGCAAAAGGGUGGCUGGCUGCAUCCUGAAAAAGACGUACCACCAGUGCCUCCAGACAAGCCGCGGCCGACUUUCAUCCGACCUCAUGUUGCGGAGUAUGUGAAAAACCUACCCCCUGAGCCGGCAAGACGUGCUCGCAUGAACAAACGAGAUGCGCCACGUUUCCGUCACAGAAGGGAUCUUGCACAAGGAGAUCUUCCACAACUUACACCUACUAAAGAGAAGAAGGACUCCCCUCGCAGAGGUCACGGCCAUCACCCGCCUGAACAGCAUAGUCGUGGAUGUCCGAUAGGCUGGAUCGAACAAGCCCACGAUGCUACGGUGAACUGCCGAGAGAAAUCCCCGCCGCCGCCGCCAAACGUCAGUUCGCUUGCGCCGGAGCUACCAUACACGUGGAAGCUCGCAGUCAGCGAUACAUCUUCACUAGAACAAGCAUUGCAUGCAGCUUCUCAGCGAAUGGACAAGCUAGAUUCGCAGGAAGUCGGUGCAUCGAAGUUCGGACCAGACAAGUCAAGGAAUCAACAAUUGCCGACCUCUUUUGGGGACCGCAAAGCAGGCCAUCAACACCACCCAUUACUGUCAACAGAAGCCUGCCAAAAGAGACCAGACUUCCAGCCUCCAUUGAUGCCUUUGGAACCUAAUUUGACAACGGGGAAGGUGAAGACUUCCACUCAAGAUUGCCGACACGAGGAGAGGCGACAAGCUCCGUCGCCGCAGAAGGAGAACGCAGCUGGAAACGGAAGAAAACUGCCUCAGCCCAAGCACCAGUUGCCACCCAAACCUGCAGAACCAGUAAUCAGAGCUGCAAAAGUCAUGCCUCCUGAAGCGCUCCAGAAGACUCUCAGUGAUCUCGAUGUCUUCUUUGACUCAGAUGACGCUACUGUUAACGACAGAGACGUGCUCAAAGGUUUGCAAGUUGCAGUCAGAGCCGCUGCUGAUGAUCUAUAUGAUGCCUUGAUUCGAAAUCGAACUGGCCUCAGGAUUCGGCGCUUCCUUGCCGACCUCAAGUCUAUCGACACUUUCGAUGCAGAGCUGGCAGUCAACCAGCCAGCGAGGCAACGCCGCGCAGAGAAAAGGAAGCUGGCAAGGGUCAACGCGAGAAGGUCUGCGGCACAGUCCGGGGAGGGCAGACCUGCGACGUGA